CGAUUUCAAUGUUUUCUCCACCUUUAAAACGUUCAAAUACAUUUCGAUAUCCCUGACCGUUCGAACGUACAGUACGGUGUUGGACCCAUCUCUUCCUUGCCAUUUCACCCAUCCGCCGGCUGUGCGCUUCAUCCACCUUGAUGAACGCGCAAAGUCAUCAUCAUUGACAAUACCUGUAGAUCCCACCCCGACUCCUUCGACUUCGCUUUGUUUUGUCCUCUUUUUUUGUCUUUUUUUUUUUCCCCUUUUCUUCUGCUACCCCAGUCGUUAUCGAUUCCAUCGUCAGUGCAAAAGAAGCAGCAGCCAUCAGUUUGCGGGGCCAUUGCGGCCGAGGCUCUCUCUAUCUUUAUCUUGUCUUAUCCACAUGGUCCUUGCCGUUUAUCGCCCCAUUCGCGGAGUAGAAUAGGGCGUUGGUUGGAAUCUGAAGUGGGCUUAUCUCGCGUGUCCUUCAUGUUCCCGGUGAUUGUGGAGGAAACGGCCGAAUGUUGAACAGAUCCGGGAGUGAAGAGCGCUGGAGACACCCAAACGUCGUCUAUGAUGACUACCCGAGCUACGUGAACACCUCUGCUGUCCUGAAGACAACCGUUUCAAUUUCCUGACCCCUCCACGGAGGCGGUUCGGCGGCCAUGGAGUCCACUCUGGCUCUCACUCGUCGUCUGUACUCAGAUGCUCCUCCGGCCCAGUCCAGGAGAGAGACGAACCCGACGCUGCUGGUGAGCUGGUGGGCGACUGGUUUCUCCCUCACGAUCAUUCUCAUCCGGGUUUGUGGUCGAUAUAUCCGCACGGAGAGACUAUUUCCAGAAGAUCGAAUUAUGGCCUUGAGUAUUAUACCGCUGCUUAUUCGCAUGGGCUUUGUCCAUAUGGUUUUGCUUUGGGGAACAAAUAAUGCCGUAACCACGGGUUUUUCUGCUCAGGAUGUAUCGCACCGGGAGCUUGGGAGUAGGAUGGUUCUGGGAGCCCGCAUAUUCUAUGCUCUAUUCAUUUGGACGGCCAAGUUCUCGGUUACGGCGUUUCUCAAACGCCUGACAGACCAGAUAUGGCGGCGUUCCUUUCAGCAUGUCCUCCUAGCCAUCCGCUAUUUCUUGCUCGUCACAUUCAUCGCGGUUGUCCUUGCAACGCUGACUGAAUGUCAGCCAUUCGACCAUUAUUGGCAAGUUAUUCCAGAUCCUGGCCCCAAGUGCCGUCAGGGCUAUGCGCAGCUGAUCACCAUGGGAACCUGUGAUGUUAUAACUGAUCUCCUGCUCAUCGGAUUUCCCAUACCCAUCAUUUUUCUUUCAGCCAUGCCCACCAAGCGAAAAGUGUCGCUGAUUCUUCUAUUCGGGUUAUCUUCGGUUCUGAUUGCGAUUACCUGCUACCGUGUACCAUCCGUAAUUUCACGACAGGGUUCGCAACAAUAUCGUUCUUUGCUUGCAUCCCUCGAAAUUCUCGCAGCGGCCGCGGUUUCCAAUGCUAUCGUCAUUGGCUCCUUUGUUCGAGACAGAGGACUCAAAAAGCAUAAAUUCAAGGCCGGCUCCUUGAGCGAGAGUGUCGAGCAGGCAUCUUCACGACGAGCAACUAUAACCCACCACCACUGGGGUAGCGACGCCGACCUUGUCGGAGAUCUCGGCAUCCGCUUGGACCCAGAGCUUCGUUCCCCAAGCUACCAAAAGAUCCGACCGGCUCCCGUAGCCAUUCCGUCUGCCUGUUUGGCAAAGCGCGGGUCGAUUGAUCCGAACUGGCAAUUUUCAUAUUCUCAAGCUCAUGCCGAUGACGAUCGUACGUCUGCAACUGAUAGCAUGGGUGGUCUGAAGGUAUAUCCUCACGAGUAUAUAGAAACCAACGCCCACCCGUCCCCCAAAGACACGACCAUGCCUCCUGCCUACAUGUCACUGUCCAAAGUCUCCCUAAACGAUGUCGGUGGUCUUCUCGAUCCUCCCACCCCACCAGGGAUGAGCGGCGCCCACGCUUCGCCACAACAUCUACACCCCGACGCCCAGGAUUCACGGCUGCCUCGCAGUCGGUCUCUUUUAAACGCCGUAAGCGGUCUACUAUCCCCCGCCCCUACCUACUCCGGAUCUUCAGAAUCCUCGCUCCAGCGACCGUCGCCUCCCAGCGUCCGAAAUUUUUCUCGCCCAACCACGGCAAAUGGCACACCCAACGGUGCACGAGUCAAUAGCCCAGCAAAUUCACCACGAUCUGGCUCUCCAGGCACUCCGCCGCGGAAUCGACGUGCACAACUCACCCCAUCCCGUGCUGGUCCCCUGCCAGAGCUCCAAGAUCUGGGCGGACUCCUUAAGCAAAACGACGAUGUUGAACGUAAGCCGCGUAGCUAA